GAACGCAGUCCCCCACUACCAUAAAUUAUGCAAUCGAGAUUUCCACAUUUGGGAAAUUCGCGCACGGGUCGAGUCUACAGUAGCGCAACGACUGUAGACAGUUACGCGUUCUGUUUGGUCUAGAGUCUACAGUCACUGUAGACUCUAGACCAAUCAGAACGCGUAACUGUUUACAGUCGCUUGCGUCACUUGAAAAAAAAUCUCAUUAGCAGCCUCGCAAAAAUCGCAUUAGCCCCGUAUUUGGACCCGACUUUCGCUCAUUACUUUAUUCGUAUAUCAUUCAUUGUCUUGGGAUUUGGUGGAAGUUAUCUGAGACCCUUGGAGACCUUAACCAACGUUUUUGUUUUGUGCGAAUUGGUCUAGUUUUUCUCUUGAUCGAGCCAUUUCGGAGACCCACUGUUACGAUCUUGCUGAGUUUACUGUCACUGUCAGUUUUGUAUGUCAAUGAAGAUGGCGAGCCCAGUAAUCCGCGUAAUCAACCCAGAUGAGCCCGCUGUCCGGCCCAAGCAGCCCGAGCCGCCUGUCCGGCCCAAGAAGCUUGAACCCGCUGUCCGGCCCAAGAAGCCCGAGCCCGCUGUCCGGCCCAAACAGCCCGAGCCCCCUGUCCGGCCCAAACAGCCCGAGCCCCCUGGCCAACUCACAGAGUCCCCGUCCACAGCACAGGAUCAUGAGGGUCAGCCUUUUCCCACGGAAUCACCUCUGAGUGACUCCCCUGUGGAGCUAGAGGGUUGGGUGCGUCUGUGGGAAAACCCCAAUGGCAUCCCAUCUGCAGACAUUUCCUGGCUCAAAGACCACAAUGAAAGAGGGCUGUUCACACCCGUUCAAAUCUAUAAGGACAAAAGUGGUCUGUUCAGGAGGCGACGGGUGAUGAAAUCGGACCGCAUGUGGUUUUACCCAGAAGAACCUCCCGGCUACGUCAGGGGUGCCCCGCCAACUCCACAACAGUUUUUUCGGAGUCGUGUUUUUGUGUGGCGUCCUGUUGGAGUGUGGAGGUACUCCCUGAAGUGUCCUCGAGGGGAUCAGUGUCUGGGUAGAGGACGGAACGUGCACCUCUACAAGUCUGGCUAUCACCACCGGGUACGUCACAUCUGUGACGUGUCCACCUGGUACACCAUGCUCACUGAGGUCCUGUGCUGUGGACCAUGUACAAAAGCGGCCAGAAGCGGAGAAGGUGGCACAAUGGGUCGGUGGCUUGCGUGGGAUGCCGCUAUUUUGUCCCAGCUUAGCGAGGCUCACCAAGCUAUGUUCCCUGCCAUCCUCACCAGCAAGCGUGGCGUGGAUAGGACUGUUGUGCGCCUUCUGAGGGACCGGACGGAAGGGAACACCAUGGUCAAGGUGUGGCGGCAGAUACAGGAGAACCACGUUGAAGAGUACCUUCAGCGUAAGGACCUGUACACCACACUCCUCAUGACUGUCGUGAAACCUGGAGGGAUCGUUUCUGCACUAAGGCACACUUUCCAGGCUCCACCUCCUCCAAGAGAGCUCCCCUCCGCGCGGCUCCUGCGCCACGCCUUCCUGCUGGCGGAGGCCAACAACGUGCAGGAUUACCGGAGCCAGAUCCUCUCCACUUUUGGCACUGUGCUGAAAAUGGAUUCCACCAAGAAAGUGGUGAAGAAGCUGUCUGGGGAGGGUGGAGGCUCAGCUGAGUGGUUCACCAGCAUCGGAAACGAGCACGCCCAGAUAGUUUCAUUUGUGCUGACCUGUGAGGAGUCCACAGAGAAGCUGAAACCGAUGUGCCUUGGGGUCAUGGAGAGGUUCCGGCUGGCCAAUCAACCAGUCCCAAAAAUUAUAUACGUGGACCGUGGGUGUUGCCGUGCGCAGGGCCCAACAGCGCUGGGGAUUUUGUUCCAGCCUUGGGUGGACAACGGGAUGGUUGUGCGUCUGGACAUCUUUCACUGGAUCCACCGGUUUGAUGCAGCCAUACGCACAGAGUCCCACUCGAAGUAUGCUGCAUUCAAGUCUGCGCUAGCUGGGGAGUGCUGGCCUAUAACCGCUCAGACCUGGAGCUGCUCAUCAAGGCCAUGA